AUUCCAAACUUUGAUUCAUGGUUAAAUUUUCGAAAAUAAAAAAAAAACAAAUGUUGUUAUUGUUCGUGUUCGCUGCUUCGUGCGUUUUGUUGGUUUUAAUGCAAUUUUAGCAGAACUUUUGGUGUAUUUCAUAGGUUCGAAAAUGUUUUCUACGUCGACCCAAAUCAAAUAUUGGAUGUUCACCGAUGAACCAGAACUGAACAAUCUCAGGAAAAAAGCUAAUCAAAAGCACAUUGAAGAUUAUGGAAAACAAAUCCCGGAUGCAGAAAAAUACAACUAUUUCUUAACUCCUGAAGAAGAAAAAAUAAUGCUAAAAAGAUACGAACAACAUCUGCGGGAUUUCUGCAAAAGAUUCCAACCACAGAUGCCAAAAUGUGUUAUGGGAACUUCAUUCCAUUACUUUAAAAGAUUUUAUAUCAAUAAUUCAGUAAUGAAUUAUCACCCCAAAGAAAUUAUGGUUACUUGUAUUUAUUUAGCUUGUAAGGUAGAAGAGUUUAAUGUUUCAAUUACCCAAUUUGUAACAAAUAUAAAGGGUGAUCGUGAGAAGGCUAGUGAUAUAAUACUCAACAACGAAAUGUUGUUGAUGGAAGAAAUAAAGUUUCAUUUAGCAAUACACAAUCCUUUCAGACCAGUUGAAGGUUUCCUCAUAGAUAUUAAGACUAGAUCGAACUUAGAAGAUCCCGAGAGGCUGAGACCUGGAACCGAAGAAUUUCUGGAUAAAGUUUUCCUGACUGAUGCUAUCCUUCUGUAUGCUCCUAGUCAAAUUGCUCUGGCUGGUAUUUUGCAUGCCGCUUCGAAACUACAUGAGAAUUUGGAUUCGUAUGUUACGGACACCUUACUUGGAGUGGAAGGUGCUAGUCGUUUGCAUGACUUAAUUGAAGCUGUGAGAAGUAUUCGUUCUAUGGUUAAAUUGCUUGACAAUGGUCCAGACAAAUCCAUCUACCUACCAUUGGAAAAGAAAUUGGAUAAAUGUAGGAAUCCGGAGAAUAACCCUGACUCUGAAGUAUACAAAAAGAGAAUGCAGGAGCUGUUGGACGAUGAUGACGAUUUGUACAGCACUUUAUCCGAAAGGAAUGAAGACUUGGAUAACUCAGCUUUGAAUAUGUCCCCAUCGGGAGCACAUGCAUCAGGAGAAGAUCUUUGAAAUCCUUUGUUUUCUUUAUUGUAGAGUUGACAAUAAAUAUUAAAUUUUUUAAUUUU